CAUGUUUUUUUUCUUCUUUUUUUUACCCCUCCUCCAUAAUUUUCCUCUGCCUUGUUUCCUUCUUACUCUGCGCUCUUUCCUCAGAGCUCAGACGUAGUGGUGAGGUGCAGAGCAGAGACCCGCUCUUGGGGAUAGGUCACACAAUACAAAUACAUUUAAAAAAGGGCAGGAAGCUUCUCUUUUUACCUUAGACAACAGACAUUUCACUGCCACGGUUCUGCUUGUGUGUUGAGCUUCAUUAAAAUGGAUACUCAGUCCUCCCAGAUAUCAUCGUCGCAAGGUUUUACGGAUGGACAGAAUUCUGCUGCCAAAGAAUCAAAACUGUCCGAUUCCUUUCUUUCCUCUUCGCCUGUAUCUCUCAUUCAGUCUCCUCAAGAUAAGCGAGGGGUCCCGAGUUCUGACAAGUCCACUGAUGGUGUAGCUACAUCGCUACGCUUUUCUUCCCAACCAGGCUCAUUCUCACCCAGUAAUUACAGUAGUGACACAUCUCCAACAGAUGGUCAACAGGAUUCUCCAAUAAAGGUGUCUCCCGUUUCAGAACGUAUUAAGGCACUAGAAGCUCUUGCAGCCAAAAAGAAAGAACCUGAUUUUAGAGGCAAUGGAACUUUCACUCAUUUCAGGGACCGACAUCAUGAGAAAUCUGCACCAGAGGGGCCCAAAUUUUCCACAGAAGGCUGCAAAACUGCACCUGAUGGACCCAAGUCUGCAACCGAGGGGCCCCAAUCUCCCACCACACGGGCAAAAUCUACAACCGAGGGGUCCAGAUCUCUCACCGAAUCUACAGCAGAGUCCCUCAAAUCUGCAGUUGAGGGUCCCAAAUCUCCAGCUGGAGUUCCCAUACUUCCUCCUGAAAAGAUUAUACGGACACCUCAGAAAACAGAACAUUCUGCUGAUCAGGAGUCACCAGAUUCACCAUUUGAAAUCCUGGGAGACCUGAAGCAAGUUGUUGACUUUGAAGAGACAGAGCAGUGGAUGAAGACACACUUACCUCCAGUACCAGAUUUCGAUACUGUUGGUUUAAUUAAAAGCACUAACACGGUCUCAGUGAAGGGGAUCGACAGCAUGCCUGCUGCCUUUGCUGGUGUUCCUGAUGCUUUCAUGGAUCGUCCUGUUGAAGGUCCGAAACAAAAAGAUCAGCUUGAUGGGGAACCCAAAAAAACGGAGGUUGACGAGUUUGAUGUUAACUUUUUGCCAACAGCUUACAUGUGGGAUCAUCAAGAAAAAUCAAGUGUGGAUUAUCCAUCUAAUCUAGAUUUGGUAAUUACAGCUUCGCCUGCACCUCCUGCAGAGUUUGGUUCCACAUCUCCUCCGUCAUCCCCCCCAGUUUGCCCUGCUGUUCAUCAGAAUGUUUCUGAUGAGAAGAAAGCAAUUUGGACUGACGAACUGGAACAGCCAGACACAAAUGAAGGUGACAGUUCAGGAGAAUCCGACGAUACGGUAAUUGAAGAUCACAUAGCUGAAUGUGAGUCUGCUCCAUCUCAGUCUUUGGAUCAAAGUUCUAAUGAUGACACCACAACCCCUCCCUGCACCACUGCUGAUUUGUCCACUGAGGAGAAAGAGGCUCCUCCACCAAGGCUUGAGAGAAAGCUAAUGCAGGUUCCAACCAUAAAUGUGAUUGAGACUGACGAGCCCAAUUAUAGUGAAGAGGAGAUGGAACCUGAGGCAGAGGAAGAUGAUGAUGACUAUGAGGUAGUAAAAGGCCCAGACACGGGACCCCCAAGCACCUCUGAACCAGACCCACAGAGUGCUGGAAACACAGGCCCCAGAGCACGCCCUUUAGAAACGGAGUUCAUGGAAGGCUACUCGCCUCCUUCCUCACCUGUGGACUCUGAGUCUGAAUACUCCCCAAAACACAAAAUCCUCAACUCUAGCUCUGAAAGAGACGAUAAGACAUCCGCCUUAAAAUCAGAGGUCUGUCCCAAUCCAAUGGACUCAGCAGACCAGCAACCUGACAAGUCCCAGACCAUAUCAAAUAAAAUUCGCAAUGAAAAGUCCCCAUUUGUUGUUGAAAAUGAAGAAGUGGAUUUUCCAGAUAAUGAUGAUGAUUGGUCAGAUGAAACCCAUGAAAUUCUGUUCAAACACCCAAUGACUGAUCCGUCGUCACGAGAAUCGGCUCCUAACAAUGAGCCUGCAGUCAGUGAAAAUCGCAGUUCAACAGCAGAAGAGGCUUACAUAAAACCCACUCCUCCUCCUAUGUCCAGCUUCAUGCAGGAUGACAUUUAUGACAGACAGUCGUUUGAUUAUGACUUUGAUAUCAGUUCUUCCCUGGAUCACACUGAUGUUAAGAAGUUCAACAAUGCAAAGGAACGUUUUCUGUCUGAUCCAGCUCAGAAUGAUGAUGCUGAAGACAAACAGGAUCUGGACAGCGCCAUUUCACUGAAUGGUGACAACAUCCCCAAAUCCAACAGUCAGCCAUCUUUAGAAGAUUAUCCUGAAAACCCAUAUUCCUGUUUCCAAAGUGAGACUGUAAGCAGCACUCCUGAACAGGACGUCAUUAUGAAGACCACUAAUUCAGAAAAUGUGGAAAAUGACAACAUGCUCUCAUCUCAGAAACCAGCUUCACACAUACAGCAUAGCCCUGAAAUGGGUCACAACAUAAAUGAGAUGAAAAGAAGUCCUGACAGAACUGACAGUGACAGCCCACCUUCUGAGGAUAGCUUUGUGGAGUUCAUGAGAGAGUGUCUGAAAUCAAAACAGGAUGAGGAAGCUGACUGUGUCCACCAGGAGCUUGAGCCCCACAAGACUUCUCCUCUCCCCAAGACUUCUCCAAGCAUGGCGAUGGAUUUUGAACAAGAACAUCUUACAAUCAGUGCUCUCAAAGAUCUGGGCAACAGCCAAGAGGAAAAGGAGGAGACAGUGAAUCCUCAGUAUAAAGUCUCAGAGAAGAGUCAGCCAAAGUCAGAUUUUAGCCCUACGCAGCCAUCAGACUCCAAACCCCCUUGUUCCCAAACCAACCGUGCGUCUGACGGCACGUAUUCCAGUGAUGUGGAAGCUAUAGACGAAUGGGUAGCUGAAGCCUACCAUCUUGCAGAGCAUGUCUUGACAGCAAUACUAACCCACUUAUCAGUUAAUGACCUGAUCCACUGGCGGGACCCCAAGAAGUCGGGUGUGGUGUUCGGCCUGUCCCUGCUUCUGCUGCUCUCGCUGGCAGCCUUCAGCGUCAUCAGCGUGGUUUCCUACCUGCUGCUUGCCCUGCUCUGUGUCACCAUCACCUUUCGCAUCUACAAGUCUGUGGUCCAGGCUGUGCAGAAGUCUACUGAGGGACACCCAUUCAAAGAGCUGAUAGAGAAGGAUGUCACCAUUCCUCCUGAGACGUUCCGCAAGCACGUGGACACCAGUCUGACCCACAUCAACCGAGCCCUGAAGCAGAUGAGCCGCCUGUUUUUGGUUGAGGACCUUGUGGAUUCUCUAAAGCUGGCUGUGGUCAUGUGGAUGUUGACUUAUGUUGGAGCAGUUUUUAAUGGAAUCACCAUCCUCAUCCUGGCGGAUAUCCUGCUCUUUGCCGUACCUCCAGUCUACGAGAAGAACAAGGUCAGCCGCACCCUACAGCCGUGCUACAGUCAUGUCAGCUGAGAGCAGAUAGACACAUUAGCAGUGAGCUCACUGGAUGACUCUCAGCCUCCAUCGGACACUGAAGGCUUUCUGCAUCCCUCUAGCUGUGGACCCAGUCCAGCUACUGAGAACAUGAUGUCAUUCUGGAGUCAGAGCGCAUGGGCAUUAGCAUCUGCACAGAAACGCCACAUGCAUCACGGAAAAUGAGCUCUAGCUGUUGCUGGCUGCUUAUUGGUCAGCUUGGGAUGAAAACAUCAGCCACAGUCAGUCUAUGAUGAGUUAGGGUUAGUCAGGAGUGCUCGGGUCCAGCCUGAGUGCUACCACCUGGCAACGUUUAGAUCCAUUCCUGGUCUGGAAGGCCUCAGUCAGAAGGCUGAAUUCCCUCACCCAGAGUAGCUCAGCUAUACAGAGACCUGGGAGUGAGCCGUUCAUUUCACCCAGGUGUGCUUGAUAAGGGACGCAUGUUAAAGCUGCAGGGUGGUAACGCUCGAUAGAAACCCCUGUUAGAGAGCUCCUCUUUUUUAGUUACUUCUCAGUAUUCAAAGCAAUUAAACCUGGCAGCACAGGACACCUGUUUAGGGUUAGUCAGGUGUAUUUAAAGUGAGGUUCUAUGAAAUCAGCUGUAGUAGAAAUAUGUUGGCACAAUGAGUCAAAUUUAGUGGGACUUUGACCUGGUCCAACACAUGGUUCCAUUUAGAAUAAAGUUCCACAUUCCCCACUCACCGCAAAGCACUCUGACACGCUGCCACUCUUUAAAUCCCGGCUGAACGCUCUGCUGUUCAAACAUCUAUCUAUCUAUCUAUCUAUCUAUCUAUCUAUCUAUCUAUCUAUCUAUCUAUCUAUCUAUCUAUCUAUCU